AUGACAGCUUUCUUCUUUAAUGAAUUUGACCUCACAGAAAAAGACAAAGAUGUUGUGCAGAUCAGUCUCAUAGUCGUUACCCUUCUGAUGAAGGCAUGUCAGCCAAAAACACAGAAUCUGCGCCAGGGGUGUGUGUCUCUCUUCAUCCUGCUGCUCUUGUCAGUACUACUCAUAGUACUUGCAAAUGCUGGGAGAGCAAAAAGAGAAAAUAGAAUCUCUUGUGAGGCGUCACUUGAAACAGUCAUUCUUGGAGGGUUUUGUCCAAAAGACAAGCAUGCGUUUGAAAGAAGGGAGGAUAUUCUAGGAUGUAAAUCCUUACAACAGAACUGUACAGAGGCUGAAGACUUUCGAUACCAUUGUGUUUUAAAUGAAUACGGCAAUCAAUCAGUUGAGGUCUGUGCAGUUGUAACAAAAAUUGUAGGUUAUGCAUGUGUAGAAUUUAAUUCUGGAGGCGAAUUUAUUCAAGAGCAUUAUUCAAGUCAAGCAGCCUGCUCAAAAUGUCCAUUUAGGUAUAUUUCGACAGAUGCAUAUAAGUACGAGGAAUGCUAUGCCAAUGUUAAGGACUUUUCGGCAUCUACUUCUUCAUAUCCACCAUCUAAUUUUUUAAAUAUUUUACCAACGACUAAUCCUACGAAAAAUAGUUCUUUGGAUAAUAGUGUGCGAUCCGAGGAAGAUUUUUUUCCAGUCCUUAUCUCAGCACCAUUAGUUGUAAUUCUUACUAUGAUAAUACUGAUUUUUUUUAUCGUUAUUAGAAAGAAAGUAAACUGUACAUUUUGCGAUAUCAGUUCUACUUCUUUUGAAACAGACGAAGUUAUGACUUUGAAAGCUUGAAUAAUCAUGCUGUUUAAAUAUCUUUUCUGUA